AUGGCACUUGUAGCAUACAGAAACCUGCUGCGAUCAGCGCGCAUCGCUUUCCAAGGAGACAUGCCUACGCUCUUCGCCGCUCGAGCCGAAGUCCGCAAGAACUUUGAGCAGAACCGCCAUCUUUCCGCCGGAAGCGAAGAACUCUCCAGCUCCAUCUCACGCGCAGAGGAAGUGGCCAAGUUUCUCAAAGAGAAUGUGGUCCAGGGGCAAGCAACCGAGGGAGAGAAUUACAAGCUACGGAUACACGAGCAUACCGAGCGAGGGGACAACGAGGAUAUCAAGAAAGUAAAAGGGAAGAGUACAUUAGGAGGAGUCAAGUGCUGUUCCUCUUGA